AGUGUUCACCUGGUCGAAAAGGACAUGGUGGCUGAUGUGGGUUGGGUAGUGGGGGAGCUGCUCGUUGGCGUUCCCGAAAACUCGGCCAAAAUGCUCACAUUCGUGUCUAAAAUUAUACGUCUACAUUAUGUGCCAAGCUACGCUUUUCCUUUUAUUGAUUGCCAACAGAUUUUCCAAUUCAGAAAACCUGAUUAAGUUGACUGACUGGUGGUGGGGGGUGUUUUGAUUGGCAUCACUUGAAACUCGACGUGUUUGCAUCAAACUAUUUUCGACAGUCACGACUUCAUCGCGUGCUUGACAUUUCUUAGGGCCAAUCAAGGACAUGGCCGGCACAGUGGUAAUUAGCCAGGACAUAAAUGUUUCACUUGACGGUGUCCCACGGCCAAGGCAUCUUCUACCUGAACCCUUAGAAACAGGUAAGGUAUGGAAAAGUGCUUUGUGUGAGGGAUUAGAAAAGAAGAGGGAUCUUUAGGAUUCCUGGAAAUUGUGACAUUAAUUGCAAAACAAGGACUAAAAUGGCCGAGUCAAGCGAGGCUUUAAAAGAAUCGAUCGUGCGUGGACCAGGAUCAGUUGUUUUUCCACACCCAAGCGAAGAUGAAGUACCUCAAAGACUGCAGUUUCCAUGUGCUGUUGGUCCUGCUGCUUACGAUCCGUGGAUCGCUUUGUGUGCCAGCUCUGGACGCAGCUCCUCCGGCUGCCACACCCAACACCGUCGAGGAGUCCGAAAAUCUGGUUGAGGGCAGUGGCGAACCAGUUGUCGCAGCCACAAACGUGGUACCUACAGCCAGCAAUGAAACCACUCCUCCAGCUGAAGGAAACGAUGGAGCAGCGGUGCCAGACAAUGUGGCCAGUGGAAGCAGCAUUGAUCCUACAACCAUUUACGCUGGAGGCAUCCUCACUCCCGAGGCAUUUCAGCAGUACCUGAGUCAGUAUGGAGCCUAUGCUCCUUACUCCUAUCCUGCUCCAGUUGCGGCAGCAGCAGCUGGCAUUUACCCGUAUCCUGGACCCAUUGUGGUGCAGACGGGCUACGAGGGAUUCCUGAUGCCCACUAAUACCGCCGGACAAUCGGACAGCACCACUGUGCUGGCUACCACUGCCCAGCCCAACUCCUCGAAUCCACUGAUGACAUUUGUGUCCAAUCUUCUGCCCACGAUCCUGAUGUCCACGCUCUUUCGCAUCGCCGCCGUUGUGGUCUCCGCCGUGGGCAUCAUCCUCUUUGGCGGCGCCAUCACCAGUGCCCUCUGCAGGAUCACCCCGAUCUGUGAAAUACCUGCCCGUGCUGUGAAUAUCCUGCGCACGGGUGGUGCCCAGGAUGUGGGUCGCAUGCUGGCCGAGGAGAUGACUCCGGAGCGGGUGCGUCGGGCAACGGAGUUCGUGCGCAACGCCAUCCGGAAGUACAAACAACUGCAGAAGCUGGUGGAGGCAUCGGAGGCGGUGACCGAGUUGACCAACUAGUGAUGGCGCAAUGGGUGUAGGUUUAGUGCUGGCUCGUAAAUUAGGUGGAAUGCAAAAUAUACUUUUAUGAUGCUAUAAAACUA